AUGGACGCCGCCGGGCCCGAGAUGAUCGUGAGCAUCAAGGACUGGCCACCAGCGCAGAUCGACUUGUGGUUCAGCAUCCAGCACCAGGUCCAGGUGCUGAUGCUCGUGACGAUUUCGGCCAUGGCCGUCAUCGGCUGGGAGCACAUCCAGCACUUCCCCGCCGAGCUGCGCACGUGGAAGCUGCUGCUGCAGGGCAAGAUCCUGCCCGCGCGCCUGGCCGUGCUGCUCGUGCGCUACGCCUGUGCCGCCUCCAUGGCGGUGACGAUGAUCUUCUUCUUCUCCAACGUCAAGCCCGACAUGUGCCAGCCGCUCUUUACGGCCAUCUAUGCGCUCUACGUCGUCAUCUGGGCCGCAGCUGCAUCCAUCUUCCUCAUGCGUCUCGCCAUCCUGUACAACGGCGACCGAGCAGUCAUGACGGCAUACUACGUGCUGUGGCUCUGCUGCGGCGGCGUGUGGAUCUACACCGUGACCGGGCUGAAAGGCUACCCGGUGCCGUACGUCAAUCGCACGCCCUGGGGUUCCGUCUGUCAACCCGGCCGCUUUCCGCGGUGGGGCGCUGCAGCAUGGGGCGCCUCUGUGCUCUUCGACGGCUGCGUGCUGCUCGGCACGUGGCUGCGUCUGGCUCGUCUUGGCAGUGCAAAGGGCAGCGUAGCUCGCUCGGCCCGCUCGCGUCGCUGGCUCUGGGCGAGCAACCUGGCCUACUUCGGCGCCAGCACCUGCUUCAACCUGGGCUGUCUGAUCACAGAGCUGAGCGUCUCGAGCGUCGUUUACACGCACCUCAUGUCGCCCAUCGCCUUUGCGGUGCACACCAUCAUCGCCUCGCGCCUCGUGCUCGCGUCCAAGGGCUGGGCGCAUGGCGGCGUCAACGACGAGGACGACCUGAUGGGCGCCGGCGACCCAGGGGUCAACAGCUUCCACGCACGCAAGAAGCGCCGCACCACGACGGGCCUUGAUGCCAUCUCGUACACCAUCGACGAGACCGUCGUCAUGUCGCCAGCGCUCACCGGCGACGGCUUGUUCAUGGAGCAACAGCAGCGCAGCCGGCGUCGCUCUCCGCCGUCCGAGCGUCUGUACGGUCUGGGCCGCCACGACCUCGCUUCGGACGAAGGCCACGAGCUCGAGCUGGGCCACGUUCCGACCAGCCCGCACCGGCGACACUACGCAGACGCGGACGAAGACAUUGAGCAGGCAUCCGACAGCGGCUCGCCGCGGCACUCGCGCCGCGAGCAUGCGGCGUUCGACUCGGAGCCCAACCUCUCGCCGUACCUGCCGCGCUUCCCGAGCGCCGUCGCGCGCCGCGAGACCAAGAGCAACAGCAACAGCUGGACCGACGAGAAGGAUGAGAGCCGCAGCAUCGACGCCGGCGCCGACAGCUUCGUCAUGGAGAAGCCGGCCUCGGAGAUCUCAACGCCAGCCGAAGACCCGCAGACGUUUGCGGCUCCACCGAACGGCUCGUCCAACGACGCGCGCAGCAGCACGACGCUCGGCUCUGGCUCCGUCGAGAUCCUGCGGCUGAGCAGGUGA